CCCCUUGUAACUUGGCGGGCACAGAAAUAAACAUUGCGGCUAUUUCUAGAAAUUUUCACAGGAUUCUCAAAUCCUCAAAAGGGGAAAACCAGACAAACGCCAUUAUAUUACACCACCACCAUCGUAAUCAAGAGCAGAACUUUUGAAACCCACCCUUGCCUGCCGGAGAACCGAAGCUUUUGUUUGUUUGAAGGGAAGGGAAGGGAAAGGAAAGUGGAGGAUGGGGGUGGAUUACUACAAGAUCUUACAAGUAGAUAGGAAUGCAAAAGAUGAUGACUUGAAGAAGGCUUAUAGGAAGCUUGCCAUGAAAUGGCAUCCUGAUAAGAAUCCCAAUAAUAAGAGAGAGGCUGAAGCUAAGUUUAAACAAAUCUCUGAGGCCUAUGAGGUUCUUAGUGAUCCCCAGAAAAGAGCAGUGUAUGACCAAUAUGGUGAAGAGGGUGUAAAAGGCUCAGUACCACCCCCUGAUGCUGGUGGAACUUCCUACUUCUCCACUGGAGAUAUUCCUACAUCAUUCCAAUUCAAUCCUCGGAGUGCUGAUGAUAUUUUUGCUGAGUUCUUCGGGUUUUCAAGACCAUUUGGUGGCAUGGGAGUUGGUGGUGGAGGCAUGAGAGGAACAAGGUUCUCGAGUGGAAUAUUUGGUGAUGAUAUCUUUGGGUCUUAUGGUGAUGGAGGAGGGGGGUCAAUGCAUCAAAAUGUUCCUAGAAAAGCUUCUGCAAUUGAGAAUAGGUUGCCUUGUAGUCUCGAGGAACUCUACAAGGGGACUACCAAAAAAAUGAAAAUUUCUCGAGAGAUUGUUGACAUGAGUGGCAAGACCAUGCAGGUGGAGGAAAUCCUAGCAAUUGACAUAAAGCCUGGCUGGAAGAAAGGUACAAAGAUCACCUUUCCAGAGAAAGGGAAUGAACAGCUAAAUGUCAUACCUGCUGAUCUUGUCUUCAUAGUCGAUGAGAAGCCCCACCCCGUGUUCACUCGUGAUGGAAAUGACUUAAUAGUCACACAAAAAAUCUCUUUAGCUGAAGCGCUGACAGGUUAUACUGUCCAUCUCACCACCUUAGAUGGAAGGAAUUUGUCCAUUCCAAUCAACAGUGUGAUUCAUCCAAAUUAUGAGGAAGUCAUCCCAAGGGAAGGAAUGCCAAUCCAAAAAGACCCGGCAAAGAGAGGAAAUCUGAGAAUCAAGUUCAACAUUAAGUUCCCAACAAGGCUAACAUCAGAGCAGAAAGCAGGAAUCAAAAAACUUCUGGGUUCCUGAGAUCAACUUUCAAAGAAAAGAGAGCAUGUUUUGUGAAUACAAUAUGUAGGAACUACGACCAUCAAAAUAGAAUGAGGUAUUAUGGAAUGUUUUUUCUUGAUACAAUUUGCUGCAAUUUAGAUUUUGAUAUUUUCUGCAGUUAAGUAUGUGUUUGUCGUUGGAUCAUAGUUUGUUCCAAAUGUAAACGUAGUAUACUCAAUAUCGAGUCAUAAUUUUCAAUAUAAGAUCUUUUAUCCCCCUGUUGAAUGUUGAUAAAAGCAUGUUUAA